UGCUAGCUUUACAGUUUCGAAGAGCUACGUUUGGGUCUUAUCUCUGCAGAUGCCAGAUUACUGACAAAAAUGUGUAUGUAGAAAACGAUUUGUAAACAAAUAAAUGGCUACGUAUGGCUAAGUAAGAAUUGAACGUGUGGAAAGUCGUAAAAGGGUGUUUGAAUUCCAGAUUGAAUUCCACGCGUACGUUUCAUGUUUUACGAUCAUACCAAUUUACGAAAUGUAUUUACUUCCGAUCCUAACAAUACGUACCCUUAAACUUUUGGCAGAUAUCUAACUCCAUACUCCAUAUUGAAAGUGCUCAAAAAUUAUGUAUGCAUUCUGCUCAACAAAAGUAUCUUAUUGCAAAACCGAACGAAAUGGAGACGGACCUGACUGAAUUUGUCCAACAGGGAAACUACUUGACAAAACAUUCGCAACUACAAGGUUUGGUCUGGUGAAAAUGAAUACAACCCGUAAAUUCCCAUGUCCUACGUAGUUACGAAAGCAGUUGUCGAAGCCUCGAGAGCAGCUCUAAUUGGCUACUUGAUAUAGCGUUUGUCGAGUAGGACGUUGAGUAAGAUAUAACUCUGGGUAACGUUUUUUGAAUUGAAACUGAGUUGUAUUAGCUAUUACUGCUUGGUGAGCGGUGCCCCAAAAGAACGAUAAUUUACAGAACACUCAAGAAAAACGUUGAACAAACCGAAUGACCCAUUAGUUUUGUGGGCGAAAGAGAAAACUGUCAGCAGAAGAGAGGAUGUGUAUUGGUUCUUCGAUAUGGACUGGAGAGCUGUGUUCACAGCUUUGGAAGAAGUGUGUGAGGAAAACAUCUCUGUUCUGUCUGCACCUGCGGAUUUGCCAUAUGGUGACCCAUCCAGGCGCUUGGUGACGUGCAUGGGGAAGAUUCUGGAACACGGUCGUGCCUUAGAACCAGUGGUUUCGGGCAUCACUGCGGUCUAUCACCACUACGACUUUGACUCCGAUACCCCUGGGAAUGGCUAUCGUACCCUGGUCAAGGUGUUGCAGUCUUGCCUUCAGCACAUCAUCCAGAAGGGCCGCUACGUCGCCUCAAACUGUGGCAGGGCCUUGUUCCGUGCCGACCACAACGCCUCGGAGAUGGAGGCCUAUGGCAGCGUGCUGUGUCAGCUGCGGGCCCUCCUCUACACCGCCCAGCGCCUGCUCCAAGAGACCAGCCCCGGGCAGCUGUACGGGGAGCCGGGGGGGGAUCUGAGCAGAGGGCUGGUCAGGGAGUACACAUCCAUGUACAAGGCCUGCUUCUAUGGCCGCUGCCUGGGCUUUCAGUUCUCUCCUUCUCUUCGUCCGAUCCUGCAGUCCAUCGUCAUCAGCAUGGUGUCAUUUGGGGAGAGCUAUGACAAACAACACUCUGGGUUAGGAAUGGCUGCGUUCUCCCUCCUCACCUCGGGGAAGUAUGUCAUUGAUCCAGAACUGAGAGGAGAGGAAUACGAGCGGAUAACUCAGAACCUGGACAUUAGAUUCUGGAAGUCAUUCUGGAACCUCACAGAAUCCGAGCUCCUAUCUGGUUUGACCAGUUUGGGAUCCAACCUUGUGCAGGUCAACCUCACCCUGACCAUACCACCAGAGCCCCUGUUUCUCCCGCUGGCCUCAGACCCACGUCUCAGUACCAGUGUCCCCCCCCCACUGGCCCAUCUGGGCCCUGGUCCAGUCCAUAUGCGUCUCAUCUCCCAUGAGCUUCGAGAAGGACAGGACAGCAAGGAGCUGAUGGUGUUCUCUCGUACAGAAGCUGCCCCCAUCUCAGUGUCUUUAGUCCCGUUCGGUGCCCAGAAACUGCCUCCUUCUCCUUGGUUGCUGAUCCACUUCCAUGGAGGAGGCUUUGUGGCCCAGACUUCCAAAUCCCAUGAGAACUAUCUGAAGGGCUGGUCCAAGGACCUGAAUGUCCCCAUCCUGUCUGUGGACUACUCCCUGGCUCCGGAUGCCCCGUUCCCCCGAGCCCUGGAGGAAUGCUUCUACUCCUACUGUUGGGCCCUGAAGAACUGCCGCCUUCUGGGUUCCACAGCAGAGCGUGUGUGUCUGGCCGGGGACAGCGCCGGGGGAAACCUAUGCAUCACCGUGUCCAUGAGGGCCCUAUCCUACGGCGUCCGCGUCCCGGACGGUAUCAUGGCUGCAUACCCGGCAACCCUGCUCACCACGGACGCCUCGCCCUCCCGCCUCCUCUGCUCCAUUGACCUUCUGUUGCCCUUGGGGGUUCUGUCCAAGUGCAUCAACGCCUACACAGGUGAGGGUUCUGAGUGGGUCCAGCCCACGGAGGGGACCAGUACGCUGAGGGCUCUGGGCAGAGACACUGUGUUGCUCAUCAGUCAGCUCACACAAGGGGCGUCCAGCUGGGUCCAGUCAUUCUUUCCGGUGGAGGUGGUAGGGCCAUCCUCAUCUUACCGGAGAUCCCUGGGUAACUUGGCCCACCAGAGAGCCGUCCUGCCGCCUUCAUCCGACUCCUCCCAAGGUCCCAUGAAUUACCCAGAAGGCUUUAAGCCCCUACGCUCUAAGAGCCUGGCUGUGAUUCAGGCACCUUGCUGUCCUGUCGCCAAGAACCCGUUUGUAUCCCCUCUCCUCGCUCCAGAAGACCUCCUCAGAGGACUACCCCCUGUUCACCUAGUGGCCUCGGCCCUGGACGCCCUGUUGGAUGACUCUGUGAUGUUUGCCAAGAAACUGCGGGACAUGGGCCAACCGGUGACCUUAGUUGUGGUGGAGGACCUCCCACAUGGCUUCCUUAGUCUAUCAGGACUGGCUAAGGAGAUACAGGUGGCCUCAGACAUCUGCGUAGAACGAAUCAGGAAGGGGAAGUUUGAGUAUUUGGUGAAGUGGAGAGGCUGGUCUUCUAAGCAUAACAGUUGGGAGCCUGAAGAGAAUAUACUGGACCCCAGAUUACUGGCAGCCUUCCAUAAGAGAGAGCAAGAGAGAGAGCUACUGUUCCGUAAGAGAGGAAAGAGGCCACGGGGACGUCCACGGAAAGUUCUGGAACCAGAGCCAAAUGAAACCAAAUCUGACCGCUCAUCUUCGUCUUCAUCUGAUCUGUCCUCCUCUCCCUCCUGCUCUUCAUCAGAAGAAGAGGAAGAUGAAGAUCACGGGAAAAAAGCCAAACCAGGUCCUCAGCUUCGCAACCUCCACCCCAUGCCCUUGAAAAGGCCCCAGAUCGUGGUGGCCAAGCAGGAGCCUGUCAGGAAAAAACGAGGCAGGAAACCGCUGCUCCCAGAGCUAAGGGCUUUGAGGCAGGCAAAGACACGGUCGCCCCUGCUUCCCCCACCUCCUUCUCGGCACCACCAGGUCCUCAGACCCCCCCGCGAGCCAUCCAGAGAGGAACCCAGAGGGGGGGUGAAGAAGCCUCUACAGCCAGCUAGUUUCACCUACACUGGCCUGAGCUCCAGCCGGACCUCCAGAGAUGAGGAGGUGCCCCAGGAGGUGGCAGGAGGGGCUUUCUUCCAGGCAGGGACCUCCAAACCAGGGCAGCUGAACUCCAUGUGGUCAGGCCGGUCCAUGUCAUCCACUACCACCACCCACUCCUCUCCACCCUCCUCUUCCUCUCUCGGCAGGCUUCACAGUAAGGGAUUGUCGGAUCUGAAGCGCUCCAUCUCUGCUUCUGACAUCGGCGGUACCCGAGCAGAAGGGCUAAAAGUGUCAUCUUCUCUCAAACAGGGCGGCUCUACAUCACAUCUGCACAGCUCCAAGACUUCCAGUGGGUUCGGGGGGGGUCUGGCGGCAUGUAGCCCAACCCAGCGUUCACCGGCUGGGCCGAGGAGGCAGCAGGAAGGCUAUGGAGGUCAGGGGGCGCUUGCGGUUCAGCCGCAGAGGUCUGGGGGUACCAAACCAGCCUCCCCUCCCCCUUCCUCAGUCAGGGACCGUGUCAGUCAAGCCCUCAGCCUCCGAGCUCUCAACCUGCAGAGCGUCAACAAAACCACGCCCGGCAACGGCGUCCAUGGAAACGGAACCUCCGGUGUCACCGGAGUGGCAGUUUCAAGGUCUAGCCUGCGAAGCAGUGCCGGCCCAGCGGUGGGAAGCAUUAAAGAGACCCACCCCUUGUCUGGGCUGAACCAGAACCUGGCACCAGGAGGGGCGCAGCACCUUGGAAGCGUCCCAUCAGCCAGAGAGGACCGGGGAGGGAGAGGGAAGAGCAUGGGGGCAGGGGGUGUAGGAAGGGGAAAUGGAAAAGUGGAGAAGGGUGCAGCAGGAGGCGUGUCCUCAGCCAGGGUUGGUGGAGCAGGUGUGGUGAGACCAGAGGACAGGAUGUCUGGACAGGGCCUUAAUGAGCGGAACUCCCGGACCCUUAACGAGCUCAGCACCGGCGACUCGGACGACACCAGCAGCAGCGAGUCGGAAGAGCAUGAUUCAUCUCCGUAUAACGAGAACACCAAUGGGCCUCGUCUGGUCUCCUUGGAAAUGGAAACGGAGACAGACUGGCGCCCGGCGCGGAGCCUUCUAGAACACGUGUUCGUUACGGAUGUCACGGCCAACUUUGUAACAGUAACAGUGAAGGAAUCGCCCACUAGCGUUGGCUUCUUCAACGUUCGCGAUCAGUGAAGCUGGUCUAUGAACCGUACGUCGAUGUUUCUGUGUUGGCCACUUCUCCUGCCGACGGUAAAAGGAAAACUGGGCUUUCAAAUUGAAGUUUGACAGACAUUUCCAGCCCAAAUAUAUUCUGAUGUCAAGAAAAAAAAACGACCAUUGCUGCAUCUACACUACCUGUGUCAUGUGGUGCGGUUUUAUUAAACACAUUUUUGAGGUCUGAGAACAUUUGAAAUUUCCCUUUAAUGAUCUGAAGGGACGUUAAGUUCACUAAGCAGAUUGUGGAUCUGAGGUCAGCCAAUACUGUGGGUGCUAAGGAACAGAGUGAAUGUGUUGUCCCUUGAAGAGCAGCAAGGUUUGAAUCCAACACAACCUCUUUAUCUAGCGGUACGCUCUUCAGUUUAGGGAUAUGUUUCUCACGAGUAUCUAUUACAUCUGCGGAGGGAUGUCUACAAGGGAGGGAAUGUUAGGUAAUUGGUCGUUGUCCAUUAAGGACUUUGGAAAGACAUGGCUGCCCUUGUGUUUAGCUAUGCCCGCAUGUACAUAGAAUUAUCAAAUUAUUGGCUGACAAGUGUUGACAUACCAUCAUCAUUUUACAAUAUUUCUCUGCUCUUUUUGGACCAAAUGAGUCAUGAAUGUGAAUUGUGUAUUUAAAAAAAAAAAUAGUUUUAUUUUUUAUCUUGUCAGUAUUUCUCUUGCACUAUGGUAUUUUAUGUUAGUGGAAUAUAUCCGACUCUGAAACCUACCUACUCAUCUCAACCAGGCAUUCAAAUGUUGGUCAGUUAUUUUUCAGUGUUAUCCCUAUGUACCGAGCUGUGUUCAUGACCAUUUAAAUACAGUCAAAGACAAAGUUGUUGACAGUAAGAGCCUCAUACUAGUUUGUGUAUUUAUUUAUAGUUGUACAUAUGUUACUCUCCUGUUGAUAUUAUUCUAUAUCUGUAUCUCUGGUGCUUACUCUGGUUUCAUAGGCUCAUGUCUCUGAAGCUAUGUGCCUCCUGCCAUUUCUAAGGUAUUGGAAUAAAAUGUGAGUGCUUACAUAAGGGUGCUUAAAUAUGCCAAAACACUGUUGUUAUUUAAUCAAUGUGGCCUAUGGUGGUCUAGCAGUCUAAACCUCUGACUCUAUGUUAUGUAUGACUUGACAUUAGCUUGACACUGCCUCUUCCCCUCCUUCACACACCGUUCUGUCUCUUCAAUAAAAAACAAAUGUCGAAAACUUUG